AGUGUAUUUUAUUUAUUUUUAUUAAUUCUAUGAAGCGCCCUACGAAGCGAUGAUUUAAAGGUUAAGCUAUGAACAAAAAAUCUAAUCAUACAAGUGAUAAAUGAAGAUCUUAUUUCUUGAUGUAACAUAACUGGCAUUAAAUAGUAACCAUGGACACAUUCUUUAAAAUAUAUUGCAGAGGUAUUCUUAAAAUUAAAAAUCUAAUAACAGAUGAAACCAGAUCUCAUCUUGUUAAUACUCAGGCAUAUUCAACACUUUUUACCAACUGUUUAUUUAAGAAUCAUAAAAAUUUGGAUAGUUAUCUUACCCACAAUUUUAAACAUAUUGAUAGAGCUAUACAUACAAGACCAGUUAUAAAAUUAAAUCCAAACAAUCUAAAGCAAUUAGCCUCACACCAUAUACUAUUCAAAUGUUUUCAUACCUCAAAUCCACAGGCAUUUGCACCCUUGUUUUGGAUAUUUAUGAAACCAAUAGUAAAAUUAGUGGCUAUUCUAUCAGGAAGGCGAUUCCGAUAUUGGCUCAAGAGCGACCCAAAAAACAAAUAUCUCAUGAUUACCAAAAUUCAGAAAAACAAACAUUGGUUGAUGAAAUUUGGCAUAGGCUUUUCGUUGUAUGCCGUUUAUUAUUAUUGGUCCCAUAUAGAGGAGGCUCCCAUUACCCAUAGAAAACGAUUUAUAGCAUUUUCUCAAUCACAAUUUCAAAAAAUAGCCGAUUUUGAGACUCAGAUGCAAGUCAACUUACUAAAAGAUAAAAUCAUCAGAACUAAUCACCCUUACUAUAAUAUCGUGAUUGACGUGUUACAAAAGCUUUUUAAUUCCAAUCGUGACAUACCUCAGCUCAACAAAUUAGCCAAUUGGAGCGUUUCGAUAGUCGAAGACGACGCCAAAAAUGCUUUUGUGUUACCAAACGGUCAAAUCUUCGUUUUUACCGGCAUGCUCAAGAUCAUCGAAAAUACGGACCAGCUGGGCAUCGUACUGAGUCACGAAAUGGCUCACGUGCUUUUAGGACACGCGAUAGAAUUAGUGAGUUACGCUCAAAUUUUGGAUUUGGCAGUCAUAGUCGUGAUGGGGGCAUUGUGGGCUUUUCUUCCCACGGAUGGAUUAGCUAUUGUGUCUCAGUGGUUUUACCAAAAAGUUGUUGAUAUAAUGCUGCACAUGCCUUAUAAUCGUAAACUGGAGAAAGAAGCCGACUUUGUAGGCUUGGAACUCGCUUCAAAAGCGUGUUUUGAUGUAAGAGAGGCCGUAAAUUUUUGGAAAAUCAUGGAAGAAAAUCAGCGAAAGAGUAAAAAAUUGGCCGAAAAUCCACCAGAAUGGUUGAGCACCCAUCCUUCUAGCAGUAAUAGGGCCCGGUCAUUGGACGAUUUAAUGCCGGAAGCUCUCAAGACAAGAGAAAAAUGCCAAUGUCCAAGACUGUCUGGGAAGGAUCCGAGGGCAAGGCAUUAUUCGAUAUGAAUGAUAGAAAGAGAGAUAUUUUUGUGAUAAUUCAUAUAUAAACCAAUAUUUUAUACUUGAUGAAAAUGAAAUGAAAUCGGGAAAUCAAUUAUUUAUUUUACAAAU